AAACUCCAUUCCACCAAACUGCUCUCACACUAAAAGGGCACCAUUUUUACAGUAUUAUUCCAACCUCAUAGUAUGGAAAUAUACAGUACCUGUCAGAAGUUUGAACACCUCGUUCUACAUUGUAAAAUAAUAGUGUAGACACCAAAACUACAUGGAAUCAUGUAGUAACCACAAAAGUGUUAAACAAAUCUAAAUAUAUUUUAUAUUUCAGAUUCUUCAAAAGUAGCCACCCUUUGCCUUGAUGACAGCUUUGUACACGCUUGACAUUCUCUCUACCAGCUUCACCUGGAAUGCUUUUCCAACAGUCUUGGAAGUUACCACAUCUGCUGAGCACUUGUUGGCUGCUUUUCCUUCACUCUGCGGUCCAACUCAUCUCAAUUGGGUUGAGGUCGGGUGAUUUUGGAGAGCAGGUCAUCAGAUAAAGCACUCUCACUCCUUGAUCAAAUAGCCCUUACGCAGCCUGAAGGUGUGUUAGGUCAUGGUCCUGUUGAAAAACAAAUGAUAGUCCCACUAACUGCAAACCAGAUGGGAUGGUGUAUCGCUGUGGUAGCCAUGCUGGUUAAGUGUGUCUUGAAUUCUAAACACCAGCAAAGCACCAUCAUACCACCUCCUUGCUUCACAGUGGGCACCACACAUGCAGAGAUCAUCCGUUCACCUACUCUGCAUCUCAAAGGCACGGUUGUUGGAACCAAACAUCUUGAAUUUGGAUUCAUCAGACCAAAGGACAGAUUUCCACCGGUCUAAUGUCCACUGCUCGUGUUUCUUGGCCCAAGCAACUCUUCUUGCUAUUGGUGUCCUUUAGUGGUGGUUUCCUUGCAGAAAUUCAACCAUGAAGGCCUGAUUCGUGCAGUCUCUGAACAGUUGAUGUUGAGAUGUAUUACUUGAACUCUGAAAAGCAUUUAUUUGGGCUGCAAUCUGAGCUACAGUUAACUCUAAUGAAUUUAUCCUGUGGCGGUCCUCGUGAGAGCCAAUUUCAUCAUAGCGCUUGAAGUUCUUGAAAUGUUGACUGACCUUCAUGUAUUAAAGUAAUUGUGGACUGUUGAUGGACCCUAUCUGGUCUAAAAUGUAAAUUAAAUGUAUGACACAAGAAUAUAUUAUAUAUAACAAGCCUACAUCUAUUUGCAACAAUUCAAGUAGUAUCAUACAGGUACAGUAAACGUAUAGGAUAUUUUCCGCUUGUCCUAAAUCAGCUCUUUAGAGCGCACUUUAUUCUGUUGCUGGUUGAACACUCAAGGGCAUCUGACGCUUUUUAGCACGUGACUUAAAAUAAAUAUUGAAAAGAAGCGGCAAGUGCGUUUUGAACAAGUGAAACUGUUUUUCUCGUAUAAGCCCGGUCUCACUUGUACAUACCUUGGAAAUUGCUAUCUGAAAUAAAAUUCGAGGAGGACUUGUUUUGACGUUUUGUAUUUAAGUAAUCAAUGCAUUGUUAUCGCAUCUGUGAUGUCUGACAGCGAUAUUUCUGGCAGCUUUCUACACAGCAAGAAUCAAAACAUGUUAUUACUUGAAAUAUGCGAGCUGCAGAGCUCUGGUGAUGAUGGUGAUGAAGACAGGAGGCUAAAAAGAAGGGAAAAGAACAGGGUGGCAGCGAAGAACAGCCGAAAUAAGCAGACACAAAGAGCAGAUGAGCUGCAUGAGGCAUAUGAGUGUCUGGAGCAGAAGAACAGACAGCUGAAGAAGGAUGUGCAGUUUCUGUCUGAGGAGCAGAGGCGUCUAACGGAGGCCCUCAAGGCCCAUGAGCCUCUCUGUCCCAUCAUGCACUGUGUAGCCAACCUGGGGUCAGGGACGUUGGGACCCAGGGAUGUAGGGGUCCCCUCCUGUCUGCCCAGAUAGCCAACAUACCGGACCACAGAGACAAACCAACGUGGGAGACUUGUAAACAGAGUUAACAGGUCAGAUUAUAUGUCCUCAUCUGUUCCUUUUUAUUCUCGGCGUCAAUUGAUUUUGUACAGUUUGAAUCAAGUUGUAAUUUAAUAAUUAUAGGCUUACGUAAUGAGCUUUGUUUCAGAUGUUCAAGUUGCUUUUCCUGUUUAAUUGUUUCGUAUAAUACAUUGAACAUACAUUGCAUAUCCCUUUCCCAAUGAGACCAUUUCCCUUUGCUUCUGAUAAAUGUGGUUACCACACCUCUUAUCACGUGUGUUUUGGUUAACCAAACUGGUUUACCAGUACCUGGGCUUGACCAUGUGGGAACUUACUUAUACUUUACCAGAAAAAAAAGAAACCAUUCAAAUGUUUUUGGUUUGUGGUUUCUUCGUCCCUAAUCUAAAACAUUUAAUACACUGGCUAUUACCAAUGGAUUCAUGCAAUUCAAUGCUUAAUUGAUCAAAUAAAAUAAUCAAAUCACUUAAUCUAACUAUAAUAUGUACAGUUUUAUUAUUAUUGUUUGUUAGCUCAUGUUAUGACAUUGUUAUAGAGUGUACCCUCUCUUCCCUAUAAUGUGGGUAAAUACUCACUAACCUCAUUACAUCUUCGUCUCAUAACUUAAAAAAAUUAAAUACGUUUGAAGCUAGCCAUUAUCAUUCACUAACACAAUAAAAGGGGGAACAUUUUUGGGAAUUCUUGUCACAAUCAAUGAUCUACAGCAUGUAUGGUCUAUCUUGAUGACAUGACUGCAGGCUUCUCUAAAAUGUUAUUAUGAAUGGAUGGAUACAUUCACAGUAGUAAUUGGCAAGGCUUCUACUAAAUGCAGACUGACCACUGAGAAAUGUGAAAGACUCUUCAGCCACACAGACAGUUCAUUUCAUACCAAAGGAUUUAUAGACUUCUGCAUUCUGCAUUUGAGGGGGAUUGUGGUGAUUAUAAUAAAGCCUUUUGUGUGGAUCGCUUCUUCAUACCGGUAUGCACUUCUUCUUAGUUAUUUUCUCUUCGAACUUUCUCUUCUCACUUUCAAAUGAGCACAGACUGCUUGGACUUCCACCACACAACACAGAUGAUAUUACUUUCAGUCCAGGAGAUUUUAGGGUAUAAUGAGGUAUAUCAUUAGUACAUUAGUAUACACAUUCAUAUUUUAUUUUUCUUUAAGAAUAAAUGUUUUCCCCACACCAGAUACAAACAUACACAUACGAACAACAACUUACUGUACAGACGCCCACAAACAAUGACUACAUCUCAUCUGCCCAGACCCGCAUGCUCACACCCCCAUCCCCAGUGCCUGGAUUAUUGCCACGUGGCCUUCAAUUGUACCAAUUCGUUUUUCUUGGUC